AUGGAUGCAGGUAGGCAACCCUGCAACACGCAGGGCUUGGAAACUCAGAAUUCGACCCCCGAGCCUCACACUACACCGAAACAUCACAUUCACCUGCCUCCGACGCCUCCUGCCACCGACGAGCCACCGAUUCACGCAUCAAGCGUGCCCUUUCUGGACGGAGUGCAGACACUCGAGGCUGCACGGAAAGCAUCAGAGCAAUCGACACCGUGGACGCAAGUGCAACUAGACCCAACCGCAUACGAUCUGAUUUCGAGGAGCCUUGAAAACGGAUUUCGCAGACACGAUUUCGACCGUGGCGCUGGCGUCCUCAGUUUCCGCAUGCCUUCCCCGGUUCACGAUUUCUUCUCGACAUUUCUCGCUGAUGACAUACAUGACUGGCUCAAACGUGUAGCUGCGGAGGGCGGCGAGAGUGGUGAAUUCGCUGCAAAGAUUGCAAACGGGGGCUCGUCUCGCAUCUUUCUCAGGGAAGGAGACUUGGGACGACCUUGCGAACCUGUGCGGCGACAACCGGAUGCGCAAUUCCAACACGACCAUACGGCCUACCCUGGGGUGGUGGUUGAGAUAUCAUAUUCGCAGGAUGGAAAAACGCUAGAGAAGCUGGCACAGGAUUACAUCCUUCUCUCGAAUGGCGAUAUAAAUGCUGUCAUUGGUAUCGACAUAAACUAUGGCGGGAAAGUAUCGACCGUCUCGGUAUGGCGCCCUCUGUACACCCGCGAAGGACAUGAUGAGUACCUGGAGGCAGAACAGCGUGUUGCAUACAAGGUACGUCUGUAA